UGCACGUGCCGGGGCGCGCGCGGGGUCGCUUCCGGGGUACGGGAGGCAGGUGUCACCGCAGUGGGGGGAAUUGGGGGCUGGCCUGGGCGUGCGGUGGGUGGGCAGAGUCCGGCUCCGGGCCCGGGCGGCGGGGCUCUGGUCGCGCUCUGGUGUCGGGCCCCGGGGACCCCGGACGGCGGCGGCGGGAUGGCCAAGGCGCUGACCCCCAGGCGCGCCCCGGGAGACCCCCUGGCUGAGCCGGGGCUUGGCAAGAAGCCUCCUCGGAAGAAAAGCAGGAAGAAGAGAGUCUGGAAAAGCAAAGGGCGAGAAGCAAGCGGGACACCGGGAGGCGGCGCCAGGGUCGUCGUCGUGCGGCCUCCAAAGGCGCCAGAGGACUUUUCCCAAAACUGGAGGGCGCUGCAGGCGCUCCUGAAACGAAAAACACAGGCCCUGGAAAAGCCUCUUGUCUCUCAGAUGGAUUCCAAAAUGCAGCCCAAGAUUAUCCAACAAAAAAAAGUGAUCCCAGAUACAGCACAGAGAAGUGAGAUGGGAUCGGAGACCACAGACCCCGAGGUCUCCGGUGCCUCCGUUCCCUCAAUAUCUCCAAGGAACAGGAAGGUGCCAGCACCCCCUGCAAAGGCCAAAGGAGCAGAGCACAAUGAGAAAGGAGCCAAGAAAAGGACAAACGGUGACAUUUCUCCAAAAGGAGGAGACAUCAAGCAUAAGAAGCGGAAAGCUAAGGAGGUGACUGUGGCCUUGACUCCGGCCCUGCCCACUGAAGACGACAUCUGGUUUGAUGACGUGGACCCGGCGGAUAUUGAAGCAGCCGUGGGCCCCGAGGCGGCCAGGAUAGCGAGAAAGCAGCUGGGGCAGAGCGGAAGCAGCAUCACGCUGGUGAAAGAGCAGGCCUUCGGCGGCCUGACUAGAGCCUUAGCCAUGGAUUGUGAGAUGGUGGGCGUGGGCCCCAAGGGGGAAGAGAGCGUCGCCGCCCGAGUGUCCAUUGUGAACCAGUAUGGGAAGUGUGUUUAUGACAAGUACGUCAAGCCCACCCAGCCGGUGACGGACUACAGGACGGCGGUCAGCGGGAUACGGCCAGAGAACCUCAAGCAGGGAGAAAAAAUUGAAGUUGUCCAGAAGGAAGUGGCAGACAUGCUGAAGGGCCGGAUUCUGGUGGGACACGCGCUGCGUAACGACUUGAAGGUGCUGUUUCUCGAUCACCCAAAAAAGAAGAUUCGGGACACACAGAAAUACAAACCUUUCAAGAGUCAGGUGAAGAGUGGAAGGCCAUCUCUGAGGCUGCUUGCAGAGAGGAUCCUGGGGAUCAGGGUGCAGCAGGCAGAGCACUGUUCGAUUCAGGAUGCCCAGGCAGCAAUGAGACUCUACAUCCUGGUGAAGAAGGAGUGGGAGAGUAUGGCCCAGGACAGGCGCCCCACAGCCCCUGCUCCAGACUGCAGCAGCGUCUCCGUCCCUGGGCGGUCGUGACCAAGCACGGGACAGCUCGGGUCUCCCCAGAGCGGCAGCUCUGGCAAAACACGUUCACCGUCCCAGCAGCAGGGUGUGGGGGCACGCUGCUGAGAACCGCUGCUUCCCUCUGAGUUUGCCAUCUGAGACCUGGUCCACCGCUGGAGGUGGCUGGCGGGGAUAGGCGCAGAGGGGCACCUGGACCUCUGCCAGGACGGGGAGUCGGGGCCGUCUGCACCCUGCUGUCACCGGCGGAAGCUUUGCCGGGGAUUUGCCCCAUCCCAGGGGUGGGAAGUACCCAGUCCACUGGGUUUUCCGCGCCUUCCUUGGAGGAGGCCCCUCUCCUUCCUCUGCCUCGAGUCACGUAAAAAUUCCACUGGACUCAACGGGCCCAGGCCCGUCUUGGAGUUAGCUGUGGCUGCCUUUGGACUCUGAUUUUCCGAGGGCGCCAUUCCUUUCUCAGCCCCCACCCCCAGCCCAUGUAUACACCUGCCACGUUUAAGGGCAGGGCCCACGGGGUGGCACUGGGGCUCCAGUUGUCCAAGCUCGGUGACACCAGUCGCCCCCUGUCUAGGACGGACGUGUUGACCCCCGGCUGUUGAGCUGGAGCACAGGUGUGAGGGUCUUCUGAGAAUAGUCAGGAGCAGCGGGUCGCACUCAGUGCAUAAAGCCCCAGGCUUCACCGAGCCACCUGGCCGCUGCACAAGGAAGGCCCAAACCCA